AGAGAGCUAGAGAGUAAGACAGAGGGAGAGAGCUUUAGCCUGGCUUUUCUCUGCUGUGCCUUUCAGCUCCUCUCUCACUGUAGAAAGAGGCGUGUCCAUGGACCAGUAUAAAGUCCAAGGAGAGCCACUCGUGUUGAGCCAUUCUCAGGAGCGAGUCCUUUACACUGCACACCAGCAAGAGGAGGAAAUUGCAGCUGUUACUUAAAACGCUGCCUUCUGAUGACCUGCUUUGUGUUUGGACACUUGUAGACCAGAUUUUUUGGGGUUUCAUGAGACGGCGGGCGAGCCUCUGGACUCAAACUUGAAGAGAGAGCAAGACUCACCUGAACACAGUGGUGGAUAUCCUUCCUGCAACUGUUCAUUCCAACACAACAAAAAGUAGUUCUUAUCACCACUACAUUCGCCAGCCGAGCAGAUCACGAGCAGGCUCCAAUUUCUGCGCUGUGAAAUUGAAUCAGAGGAACCGAGAGGCAAUACAGGAGAGGCAUUGUAUCCCUGCAAUUGAAACACUAACCAGCUGACAAUAUCAAAGACCAUCCUGGACAAAGCGCUCCUCUCAGACCUCCCUUGUUUGCUCUAAAAUCUGCUGUUGAAGUAGAAAGUCAUCAAAAGCUGCACAACACUCAGAGGAGAGGGAAGCAAAGGGGAGCAUACACGAGGGCAAAGGAUUGCGUGCAGGUGCCGGGGCUGCCAUGGUGCGUGGAGGUGGCGUGGCAGUAGCUCCGUCCUGCUGGAGCCUUUGGGCAUUUGGCGCCCUGUCGCUGGUGGCACUGUGCUUGUCGGACCAGGCCAUCCGCUGCCCGGUGUGCUCUGAGGAGAGGUUGGCCAGCUGCCGUCUGCCGGAGGGCUGCGAGGAGACGGUGAGGGAGCCGGGCUGCGGCUGCUGCCCCACCUGUGCCCUGGCAAAAGGGGCUCACUGUGGCGUCUACUCGCCCCGCUGUGGCACGGGCCUCCGCUGCUACCCGCCGCGUGGCGUGGAGAGGCCACUGCACUCGCUGAUGCACGGCCAGGGGGUGUGCACUGAUGAGAGAGAGGUGGAGGAGAACUCAGCAAUGGAGAGGCAGGAUGAGAUCAUCCCUGAGCACCCAAACAACAGCAAUAUCCGGUGCAGUCCACAGGACAAGCGCUGCAUACAGAAGACCCUGGCCCGACACCCUCCAAAAUCCACAAAUCAGAGGAGCAACACCGCCAGGGAGGAGACCAAGGCGGCGCUGGCUCCAUGUCGUGCUGAGCUACAGAGAGCGUUGGACAGAUUAGCAUCAAAUACACGCACACACGAUGAUCUCUUCACGAUUCCCAUACCCAACUGUGACAAGAACGGAGAUUUCCACGCCAAACAGUGUCAUCCUGCACGUGACGGCCAGCGGGGAAAGUGCUGGUGUGUGGAUCAGAAGACCGGCCUGAGGCUGCCGGGUCCGCUGGAGCUGCGAGGGGAUCUGGACUGCCACCAGUUAAUGACUGCUACCCUGAGGGAUUGAGGAGUGGAGUGGCAGUGGGGGGUGCAGGACCAGCUGAAGUCUACUGGUGCUUAUUAGUAGAACUACACGAGGAAAAGGACUUUGCUCUAAAGCCUCACUUCACCUGAGGCCAAUGGUACUUGAGCCUGCGCAACAAAAAAGGAAACCAUUGAAUUGAGUUCUUUUGCUAUUUUGUUUCUGUGUGUGAGAGUAUGUGAUCUCUGAGUCUUUUGAGCACUUGUUGUGUAUUGUUUCUACGAUGUGAACUUAAGACCGUUAGUCUUUAGACACAUGCGCUUUAAAGUUACAGGUGGCAGAAAAAAACCUUCCAAUAACAGUCGUAGUUGUGAUCUUUGUUAGAGCGCGAAAUGUGUCGUUUUCUCAAGUCUAACUUAAGUAGAGUUGAAAAGUAAGAAAAUGCAUUGACCCCACCAGAUAAUCAGACCUGAGAUACAACAGUUGUUGUUUAUAAUAUUCUCUCUGGAGCACUAGAUCAGUUGGAAUCGCUGCAUCAGGACAAUCCAGACAGAUGAUCAAUUAAAGGAUCAUGUACUAGUUUUUUCACACAAUUUGUGUAAUUGGUUGUAAAGUGUGGCUCUUAUUUGACUGUCCCAUAUGUCGUAAACCCCACCCAUCUGGUAAGUAGGUUAAAACAAACACGAGUCUAGUUCAGCGACGACACAAGAGCAGCAAUAAAAGAUGGGAUGAGAACAACAAAUACAUAAAAAAAAGAAACGGGAAACAAAGGAGUGCAACAAUCCCCCGCCUUGAGUUACCAAAUGAUAAGCCAUAGCUUUUCACAACAUCAAGACCAAAGUGAAAAGUGAGAUUAGUUUGAACAACUGUAUCUCUGAAAGGCCAGAGUAGAUUUGCUUCAUCACCCCGUGGUUAACUCUGCUUCCUCUCUUUGCCGACGAGCUCUCUCUAGCAUCGUGGUCCAGAGGGACUGGCAGCGUAGCAGGGCUAGAAACUCUGUACACUGCUGAUAGGAUAAUCUUAUUUCUCCAGCUGGUGCUAAGAUGCCAGUGUGACUUUCAUGUUUGUAUGAAUAUGCUUCAACAUACAGGAUUUCUCUCCAAACAGACUGCUUGGCAGAACUUUGGUGGUGCUAUAUACUGAUUGUGCCAAAAUACAAGACAAAAAAAAUGGCUUCUGCACUUUUUGGGCAUUGUUUAGGAUUGGAACAGAAGACUGGGAUUUUCAGGAAGUGGAGCAAUUAGCAUCAGCAAGUGUGAGGAUCACCUAAAUGUGUGACCAUCUGCACUAGCUACUGGCAAUGGCUGCUUUCCAUGUGUGUAUUCAAUGUUAUUGUUAAAACAUAAAAGGAACAUCCCACAUUGGUGCUGCACUAUCACUGCAGCUAACUGGCUGAAUGUUUUAUUGGCCAGCGUUGAACACUGCAGGCGUGAUGUGUCUUAAAUAUACAAGCAGAGUGUAAUAAGCUCCUGGCAGCAUAGCAACACCUAGUUAACAUGAAGCUAUGAAUGGAGGGGUGUAGCAGUAAAGAUAGCUUAAUGAUUAUGUGGAAACCAGAGUUUCCUCUGUCAACCUGACAGCGAUAGUUCUCAGUUUUCAUAUCGUCUGUGGGGCAUCACACUACUAAUUAAAGGAGUGUAUUACCAGUGCAAAAGACAUAGCUACUCAUCUGAUAUUUUAGAUACUGUAGGCGAGACUGGUAAUAUUCUUAUAGCAAUUUGAUUGUACUGGUGGUGUGUAUUUAUGAGUUCAGGUGAGAGCAGCAGGUUUAAGCUAAUGCUGGUGUUUGUCACCAGCAGAUAUGGACAGCCUGCUCAAUCUGUCCCAUGGGAGACUAUGGUUAUUAUUAACUCAAGCACAAAUUCAUGUUGUGUAGAUGGACAAUGAUUAUUAGUGACACAGAACGACAUAAAUUUUAGCCUAACAAAUCAUCUGUGUGUAGAUUACGGUGCAGUAACAUCAGAUAUGUCAAAAAUAAAGUAGAUUAGAAUGAGACAGAUAUUCACAGCUACUGUCACACAAUUAAUUUUUAGUUCUUUGUUGGUUUUUGUCUCCACCUUCAAUUUUACCUCAAUGUCAGGUAAGCUUUAAAUAGGACUAUUUGAGCACAACACACCAGAGGUGUGGACUUGAGUCACAUGACUUGGACUCAAGUCACAAAUUUGAUGACUUUGGACUCAACUUGACAAAAUCAAAAAAGACCUGCAGUUCAACUUGGACUUUUACACCAGUGACUCCUGACUUCACUUGGACUUGAGCCAUCUGACUUGAAAAUACUUGAUAACUACCCCCAAGCCUAAAGAUAAAAAUAUGUUAUUCAAAAAGUGUGCAACGAAUCAAUUAAUUUCCCUUAAUUUCCUGAAUCAACUAACAUUUACGCAAAUCAUUCCCAACAAGCUGACACUUAAUUCCCUAGAUGUGCUUUGUUUAAACCAAUCAAACAGCAUCAAAUCAAAUUGCAGGACAGAACCAGGAAAAACUUCCAAGAAACUUGUUUUAAUAAAUAAAUGUAAAAUGUAAUAGCUUUCAAAAUGUAACAUGACUUGUUUAGGACUAAAUACUCAAAGUUUAGGACUUGGCACCUGACUUGGGGCUUGAGCUCAAAGACUUGAGACUUAAUUGUGACUUACAAAACAAUGACUUGGUCCCACCUGUGCAACACACUAAAGGGAGGUUCAUUCAGCUCCACACAAAAAAUAAAAAGUGCCAUGAAACCCAUUAUUAUUAUCAUUAUUAUUAUUAUUAUUAUUAUUAUUAUUAUUAUUGUUACUAGUAUUAUGCAUUUUUUGCACAUUUUUCCACAUUGAAUUUGGUCUAUUUUGUUCCCUAAAAAGCAGUAGUACACAUAUAUAAAUUGUGGGUCAGAGAAAAAUAAAAACCUCUAAUUUU